AUGAAUCAAGCUGAAGUUUCGAAGUUAGUUUCAAAACUUCGCAUACAGGUACCACCAAGACAUCGCAAUCUACAGAAUCCUAAAGGUCCUGAAGGUAGACUUGAUAAAUUACGUAAAACUGUAACUGGACUGAUAAAAUAUGAAAGAAUCGAGCUCAAUGCUAAUCGAGCAGAUGAGGCUAGGCAGUAUGCCGAAAGGUUAAUAUCGGAAGCAAUACGGCAUGGGGACUGUCACAAACCAACAAUGGAAACAGCUGACUUCUGGCUUCUUGAAAAGCAACUUGUUCACAAACUUUUUAAAGUUUUAGUGCCACGAUAUGAAAAUAGUAAUCUAUCAUAUACAAAAAUGUACAAAGCACCCAAGCCACAAUAUGCUCGAGUUUUAGAUAAGGCUGUGUUAGAGCUAAGAGGAAACCCAUAUCCAAACCUUACAAAUAAAUUAACUAAUAACAAAUAUUUAAUUCAGAAUGUUUUACUUGAUGCAGCAAAACAUGAUUAUCGACAAUCUAAAUAUGCUGAUAUGGCCAAAGAAAUUGGCAAGGAUUCAAAAAGUAGCCAGGACCAGAAUAAUAAAGAUGAACAAGUUACUGAAAAACGUAGUGACAGCUGA